AUGACAUUUUUAACAUUUCAGACGGAUCAUGAAACGGAUGUGAGUAUCACCUAUGCGAAACUGCGUGAUGACUCGUUUAGAUUCGCUAAUUGGCUGGAAAAUCACGGUGCUCGGAAAGGUGACAUAAUAUGCGUGAUGCUUGCGAAUUGUUCGGAAUACGCGAUUGCUUUUCUUGGUGCAGCUCUUGUUGGCAGUGCAAUAUCAGGCAUAAGUCCUGAAUCAACGCAAGGUCCAGUUGCCUUUCAAGAUAAUCGUUUUGUAUAUCUCUAUGAAUUUUCAGCUGAAGUUAAGCAUUUUUUAUCAGUCACAAACGCAAAAUUCCUCGUUUCGGCAGCUGAACGCUACGAUGUUGCUACACUCUUCGAGGAUCGACUCACUGUGAUCAUUGUCGGCAAAGAAAUUGAUCAAGAUGGGCACGACUUUGCGACUGAAAUACGGCAAUCAAAAUUGGACUAUUCGAUCGAGGUUCAGCAUAAACUUUCAGUCGAUGAUACAUUGAUAACACCAUUUAGUAGCGGUACGACAGGACCACCGAAAUGUGUUCAGCUCACUCACCGUAACUACAACGCCUCAACUGCAAUUCUUCGAAAAGCUCUUUUCGACGAACUCUCUGGUGGACUGCGCCGUGUAACUGCUGCCGUACUACCAUUUUUUCAUGGAUCUGGCUUUUGGGCGCUGUGCUUCUGCCUUCUGGAAGGACACCGAGUUGUAACCUUAAAACACUUCCAUCCGAUGAUGAUGCUUCAAAUUAUUGACCAAUACAAGGUGGAUACGUUUAACGUGGUGCCAACAAUAAUCCGUUAUCUAUGUGAAUGCGGUGAGCAAUUCUCCAAAUGGGAUGUUUCAUCAAUGCGAACAGUUCUUUGUGGAAGUGCUGCACUUGGCAAACAAAUUAGUAGACGAUUCCUGAAUAAAUAUCCGAACGUAGAAAAUCUAGUUCAAGGCUAUGGUAUGACUGAAUUGGUCGUUCUUAGUCAUCUCACACCACUUGGCACUCCAUUUGAUGAUAAGUAUUUGGGUAGUUGCGGCAAGCUACUACCUGGAUUUGAGGCUAAAUUGAUCAGUGACGAAAACGGUGACGAGAUAAAAGAAUCAGGCAAAUGUGGUGAGCUUCUCGUGAGAUCCGAGGCUAUUAUGAAGGGAUAUCUGCGUGAUGAUGAUGCCACAAAAAAUGCCAUCGAUGCAGACAAUUGGCUGCAUACAGGUGAUUAUGUGUAUUACGACGAUGAAGGAUUUUACUAUAUUGUGGAUCGAAUUAAGGACUUGAUCAAAGUAAACGGUCUUCAAGUUUCACCUUCCGAGAUGGAAGAUUUAUUGAUGUCACAUCCAAAUAUCAAAGAUGCAGCAGUGACUGGUAUCGCUGAUGAACAUUUCGGAGAGGUGAAUAUCUUAGCAUCAUCAUGCUAA